GGGGGGGGGGGGGGUGUUGGUACCAAUAUUCUAAUGUGUGUGUGCGCAAGGAAAACGAAGGAGUGAUUAUAUGAGAAGAGUAAAAGAUCGGGAAUGUACAUAUCCACAUGAUUCAUUUUUGUUUAUGCUAUACAUUGCAGGGUGUUUCUAACUGGUACCACUUGACAAUUUAUGUUUCCAACUGGUCCUAACUGGUGCUUCCAACUUGUUCUAACUGGCACCAGUUGACAACUGGUGUUUCCAACUGGUUUUAACUGGCACCAGUUGACAACUCAUGUUUCCAACUGGUCCUAACUGGCACCAGUUGACAAUUGGUGUUUCCAACUGGUUUUAACUGGCACCAGUUGACACCUCAUGUUUCCAACUGGUCCGAACUGGCACCAGUUGACAAUUUGUGUUUCCAACUGGUUUUAACUGGCACCAGUUGACAACUCAUGUUUCCAACUGGUCCUAACUGGCACCAGUUUACAAUUGGUGUUUCCAACUGGUUUUAACUGGCACCAGUUGACAACUCAUGUUUCCAACUGGUCCUAACUGGUACCAGUUAGGACCAGUUGUCAACUGGUACCAGUUGCUAACUGGUACCAGUUAGGACCAGUUGCCAACUGGUAUUUCCAACUGGUACCAGUAACAAUUUGUCAACUGGAUUCCAGUUGAUUCCAGUAUUCCAAUUUCCAUAUUGAAUCCAGUUCGCUAACUGGAAUCAACUGGUACCAGUACCAGUUGGAUGAACUGGUCCUUAACUGGUUUUUUGACCUGGGAACUUGUUAGACCAAUGUUUUGAAUUUGAUUUGACAUUCACGGAUUAGUGGUAUUUCUCUUUUUUGAAGUUGACGAACGACUACCUGAUACAUAGGGAUACAUAGGCCCUAUCUUGAUUAUAUUUUGAGAUUGACUAAGGAUUUAUUCAACGAUGUCAGAAUCAGAGUCUGUGGAUUGCGAAUCCCCUUCUCAUCCAUCAAAGUUGCGGAGUUUGCUUUCCAAUAACGCCUUGAGGAGCGGACCGAGUUAUCUGGCAGUUGAGCCCGAGGCGUCGGACCAAACUUUCACCAAUCACAGAAUUACAUGUAGCCCUAACUUGAGGCCUGACAAUCUCGAUGAAUGUGGCUUGGGUUAUUUGUUGUCAGUGCCAUGCAACGUACCUGCGGUUCAUGAAGUCAACAGUCAUGAUCAUUUUAGAAACCAGAUGUUGAACUAUGGAGAGGCUGAAUAUAAUGCCUCAUUGAAUAAAACUAAAAGUAUCAACAGCGGUACAAGUAGAUAUUCAUAUUCUUACGAUAAACCAGGAUUUGGUGUGAAUGGAUAUGAAGUAUCGUCGUCAUUGCCAAGCCCGAUGCCAACUUCGACUCCGGUUACCAUUAACACCUUGCCCAUCUUCAUGUCACCUAUGGAAGCGGUGAAACCAUGUCCUCAAUACUGCCGAUGCCAUGGCUUCAACCCAGUCUCAUCACCGGAUUACAAUGGAAACGUGUAUCAUAUGCCUGAUCUACUUCACAACACCAAACCAGACCAGUUUUCUUCCACGGGUACGUUAUCGACUAUGUGCUUAAAUUCUCCAUUGGUAUGCCCAGGUCAUUUCCAACCUACGACAUCUUCUAGCUUGAAAACCUCCUUGCCAUCACCUGCGAAUGAGGGCGUGGAUGUUGGUUCAUCUUCUACCAGUUCGUUGUCUACCAGACCCACUUUAAAUGAUCUGAAGUCUCUUCCCAAUGAACAACAGGGUCCGGUGUAUCCAAUAGAGGUUGUCCCAUCUGAUUGGCUAUCCACAAUAGUCAAGAAAGGCAUUGUCAAUGAGGGCAAUGAACUUGAAGCAGCAACGCCAGCGACGAUGAAUUCGGUUUCAGAGGCAGAACCCGACAGUUCUCAAACAUCUUUGCCUGCACGACUUUCUCCUACUUCCUCCCAGAACUAUGGUAUACUGGAUGGAUCUUCCUCGCGAAGUCUUGAGAACUCUCUAUCCAUUGAUGUUACCACCAGCAACCAACAAAACACCCAAUAUCGUGAUAUCUAUCAUCGCACAUACCCUGGGGUCUACCCGAGGCGUCCUGAUGUUUACCAACAACCAAACUUCACUGUAUAUGAUCCGUCCAACAUCCCUCCAUAUCCACCACCUGAAUACCCCUCCCAUCAUUCUCUCCCAAAUUAUCUCUUCCCCUCGUUUGGAAACGAUCCUGGUCCUUCACCAAGGCCAGGGUACCACCCCUAUCCGAUGGUGAUGCCCCCCAUGCACCACGCCCAACCACCCUCGGGAUUCUUCCGCGGGAUUGGUAAUUUAGUCAUGGAUAAACAAUUCCCUUGCAUGCCGAUCCCUCAGCGGCCUUUGCCCCGUGAUAUGAUGGUUGAUGGCGAGGUUGAUGACCACGGUAGUCCCUUCAAUUCUGGAGAUGAUCAAUGUGUUAAAAAACAGAGGAUUCCACACCAGGGAGGACGUUUGGUGGACCAAUUCCCUGAUCUCUUGCCUGCAGUCGCUUGGUGCAUGAACUAUUCGCAGACCAGCUCUUCGAAAACACUGACUGCGGAGCAUAUUCGCAAGAUCAUCAUUGAAAGCGUUCCUGGGAUCAAAGAUCGCGGCGGUAUCAGCUUGAGCGUAAUUAGAAGACUAAUCCGUCAGGCAAAGAACAUGCCCAACAAAGUCAGCUUUGAUCAGACAGAAACAACCAAGACAUCUACGAUGGGAGAGGCGUCAGUUUCGCUGAUGAAGCUAGCUGAGAGGGCGUUAGAUUCAAACUCAGAAGGAAACACCACUGAGCUUCCACAAGAUCCUGCGGAUUCGUCCUCACGCUCCAUGAGCAAUACCGCUGGUUCUGAUGCGAAGCAACCCGCUGAACCAGUCUUGCUGUCCAUCAUGAAAUUGGUGGACACCAUUCCUAAGGCGAGGGUCAGAUCAAAGGCGUUUACGAAAGUGAAAAGCGCCUAUCGAUCACUUGGUAACGACGCGAAACCAAAGUUAGGUUCAACAGCUUCAAAAAACUCCAAUGACAACGGUUCAACCAGCGACUCAUCGUUCCAGUCACUCAUGGAAGCACAUGGUAUCGCAGAAGAUGAAGUUAAAAGGUUGAGCAACGUCACGGAAUCAUUCCGUUCACCUCGAUCAGCCAAUGAAGAACACUCUGUGGAAAUCGAUUCGGCCAAUGAUCCCUCCAACGAUGACCGCGUGGUAUGUGAUGACAGCGAAUCUGAUUACGUCAUUGUCAUCGACGAGGAUGAUGAGCAAAACACCCUGAAGAUAACAUACUAGGUGCCUUUUCGCAUCUAACAUUUCCAUAAGAUCGAUGCCGGGGUCGAUGUUGGUGUUUUUGUAAUAACUACGUGGUAUUGUUGAAUAACAUACUUCAUGUUCUGCUGUCAUCCUCAGAGUGGCGUCGAAUUCAAUUGCCGAUUGCUGAACUGUUGCUGAAGUCGUUUAUAUAUUUUACCUCGUUCUCAUAUUUCGGCGAUUUACUCCAUGUUUUAAGGAGAGGUCCACUGAUCGUUGUUAUAAAGGAACUUCCGGGUCAGUGGAAAUAUUCAGAUUUGAAGAGCAUUUAGGGGAAAUUUAAUAGGGAGCUAGCUGUGAUCAGUCGAAAGUAAAAUGACAUUUUAGUAACUUAUGAGAAUCCACGAAUUCUCUUUAAAUAACGCAUAUUAUAGUAAAAUUAAAAAAAUGAUUGUGGUAAUUUCAACAAAAAUUAGAGCAUUUGUUUUUGGCACCAUAUUUUUAGUUACAUAACCAUUAAACAGCCUUCAUAACAAUUAAUAUCGUAAUACCAUAGUAGGCAUAGGUAACAAAUGUAACUAUAGACUUCAUCGAAAACCAGGGAUGGAUCUAUGAUUGAGUGGGGGAUGACCAAAAACCAUUUGCCAAGAAUAAGGAUCAGAUAUGGGGACAAGCCCCUCCCCCCAUCUGGAUUAGCCCCGGGCUAUUGUUGCCGAAUCGUUGCAUUAUCUAACAAUUUGAAUAAUGUUUGCCACAAUUAUAUACUACAAUACUUACGUGCCAUUUGAAAUAACAAAAUCAUCAGUAUUAUCUUUUACCCUAUUCGAAUUGUAAUAUUGUGAGUACGAUAAAAAAAAUGAAAUGUGAGAUCGUCAUUUUACAUAGCCAGAGAGUGCAUUUCACGUUACAUCUCAACGCUUAAAAAAUGAAAAUGUAAAAAUGUAUCUCUGCCCAUACCGCCGUUUAAAUAUCAAUGCUGAAACAAAUUAUUUCAAACAAUUCUUAUAACAAUAUGAUUCGUUGAAACUUUGCAGACCGGCAUUCACCUCUUCUUUUUCAUUCUUUUGUAUUCAGCAGUUUCCAAAGGAUUUUGUUUGUAACCUGUACGGUGCCAAACACAUCAGUCAAAGAAUGCAUUUGACUGACCUUAUUUAGCACAGAAUUAUCAGUAAACCAUCGUUCUGUGCUUUUGUAGCAUUUAGUCCAAGAAUUAAUAUAGCUCAAUAAGCUAUAGCUCAUAUUUCAGUUGUUCGGAAAAAUUAUGCAUAACUUUUUGAACUGCUCGCAUGAUAAAACGUUCAUGCUUUGCCUUCAGAGGUAAAUUUGUUUUAUUUUCCCCUUUUUGUUGGGAGAGGGUGGGGCGUGGCUUCGCAUUAAGCAAAAUGUGCUUGUCGGGUUUGUUACGUGUGGGCCUUUCGAUCAUAUACUUUAAAAUUAACGAACCAGAUCAACGUUUGCGAGUCAAUUCUUGUUCAAGUGUGUGAACAAAAAUUUUUAUUCUCGUCUUGUACGUAAGUCGGACUGGUUGACGAUUAUGUUUAGAAGUUUAUUUCUAAUGUGCCUGAAAAAGUGAUGGUGAUCGGUUUGAAAAAUAUAAAAUAAAUAGGCAUUGGUCUUGUAAACCUACGCGAAUAGGGGUGCACAAUUCCUGUCGGUAGGGGUGCAUAGUGGGAUGAGGAUUGAUAGGUUUUUACAUUCAAGGGCCUAUACGUAUAUAUUUAUCAUGUGAAGGUGCACUCCUCCCACAAAUGACACGACGUAAUGUAUACAUCAUAUGCCAUUUUCUGUCUGCAUUUAGUAAUGAUACUUAGAAUUAUGCUCUCAAUCUCAUAAAACCCGUUUGUAAUGUUUUGUCUAGAUUGAAUACUGGCUUACACGAAAAGGAGUUACAGAAGUAUUCUUUUUACACUAAUUCCCUGGUGUGGGUUUAGGUCUCAUUCAUACAACAAUACAAAAUGGGAACAGAUGAAGAAAUUAUGAAUAAGAAAUCGAACUUUCAGGAAUUAUGUUUCGUCUGUCAACGAGUGGACCUCGUCGAAAUGGUGCCGAAUGAAUUUACUUGCAAGUUCAGACUUUUUAUUCAUCAUUUCUUCCUCUGCUUGAAAUAAGAAUGAAUAAUCUUUCUGGCUUUAUAAGAAGGUACAUCUGCUUGUUAGUCAUUGGACCAAGGGACCCGUUUCAUAAAAUUUAGGAUUAAUGUCAUUAUGUCAGUAUUGUAACUUUCAAGGAAACUUUGGUAUUGAUUAACUGCAUAAUCAUUGAUACUAUUUGGGCAAAGUUUCCAAACUCCUUUAUGAAAAGGCUAACAUUCCUACUUUAAGGCUUGACUAUUUUUGUUUUGUUUUCAUACAAUAAUGUUGUGAUAAACCAAUCACUUGUUACAAUAGAAACCAUCGUCAGUAGAUAAGGUGUUCUGUAGUUGUAGUUUUGACCUCGUUCAUGCUGUUAUAUUCAACUGUUUGUUAUCAUGGUUAAUAAACGUUUUUGUCAAGGAAUAUC